AUGAAGAGAAUAAAUGAAAAAGGAAUUGGUGAUAUCAUUAAUGUCAGCGAUGUAAUGAUGAAAAGAAAUUUUGACUCAUUAUUUACAAAACCGAAAACAGAAUAUAGUCUUUAUGACGUAAUUACCGAAUUAAUGAAAAAGAUUAAUGAUAAUAAGAGUUCUGGCGGAAGAGUUGAAUUAGAAGUGAAUGAUGUUAAUGAGAAAUUAGCCGAAAAAGCAGACAAAAACCAUGUUCAUUAUAUAAGUUCAGACGAACAGAUUAUAACGGACUACCAUGGAUAUUUAACACAGAAUGAACAAAUAAGCACUGAAGAUGUUAAUGAAAGAAGAUAUAAAUACAUUCGUGCUAAAGGUUAUGACAUAAGCUGUACUGUACAUUAUGACACAGGUAAAGCACAAGAAGCAUUUGGUUAUACCGGUGAAAUUUAUGCCUCUACUUUCAAUGUUAACGGUGUAUUAGUUGAACCAAGAUUUACUUUGAGAGUUAAGUCAAAAAUAACGUUUGAAGAUGCUAUUAAAAGUAAAGCUGACAAAGUUGAACUCGAAGCAAUGAACAAAGUUUUGAAAUCUCAUAAACACAACAUCUCCGAUAUAAAUGAACUUCAAACUUCUUUAGACAGUAAAGCCGACAAGAACCAUACACAUAAAUCCUUCACUACUGUUAGAGCAGACGACAUAAUAUUGAACUAUACCCUUGGUUCAAGUGCACCUUUAGAGAAUCCAAGUACAAGCGUAAAAGAUACACUAAACUCCUUAAAUAACAAAUGUAUGAAUAUCGAAGGUCAUGUCAGAAACUUUGAAACACAUGAACUACCAGCAAUGUUAGAUAAGAAAGCAAAUAAGACUCAUACACAUGAUUUCUUCACAACUGUUGGUAUAGAAAGUAUUGAAGGAACGGUUGAAGGAACUGGUGGGGAUGCAUUAUAUUGUAAACCUCCUAACUUUCCACAAGGUUUAACAUCGGAUGACGACAUAACGACGAUGAAAAACAUUAGAUGUAAAGAUGUUUAUGUCAUGAAGGAUGAACAUAAUAUUAAAUUCACUGCUCAAGAUUUAUAUGACAAGAAAGCAGACAAAACAGAGCUUCAAACAUUAAAGACAGAAAUACUUCAAACAUUAUAUCCUAUAGGUUCUAUUUAUACGUCAAUGAACUCAACAAAUCCAGCAACAGUUCUGGGUUUCGGUACGUGGGAACAGAUUGUAGAUAAAUUCUUAUACUGUGCUAGAUAUUCAAAGCAAACAGGAGGUUCGAAGAAAAUUACUGAAGCAAACCUUCCACCGCACACUCAUACAGGAACUACAAACACAACAGGUAGUCAUUCACAUUCAAUAACAAAAAGAGGUUAUACAAAUCUUGCAGCAGGUUCGGAUAGACAGGGAAUGCAUAGAUAUGAUAUUUCAAGUGACCCAGUAGAUUCAAGCGCAGGUAUUUUCUGUGGAACCGCAGGAAAUCAUUCACAUACUUUCACAACAAAUCCAACAGGCUCGGGUGCAGAUUAUAUGCCACCAUUUGUGACUGUAUUCGCAUGGUAUAGAGUUCAAUGA